UUCCCUCUAAUUGCGCUUGUUGAACAACUUCAGUAGCGGGUUCUUAUUCUUUUCCUCGAUAAUCAUUCAAUCAUGUCUAAAAGACCAGGAAAUGAAAAUGGCGAAGAAGCUGUAACCAAGAAGAACAAUCCUCAGUUAGGUGAUCCUCUAAAUAUGCUGAAAUGGAUCGACGAAAACAAGAGUUUCUUUCUCCCGCCAGUAUGCAACAAAUUAAUGUAUGGUGCAGGGCAGUUAAAGGUGAUGUGUGUUGGUGGACCAAAUGUCAGAAAAGAUUACCAUAUUGAUGAGGGAGAAGAGUUCUUUUACAUGGUUAAAGGAGACAUGAACUUGAGGAUUAUUGAGAGAGGAAAACCAAAAGAUGUAAUCAUAAAGGAGGGAGAGGUCUUUGUACUCCCAAGCAGGAUACCACACUCGCCUCAACGGAAGGAGAACACUGUUGGAUUGGUCAUUGAAAGAGAGAGACUUCCUGAAGAAACUGAUGGUCUAAGGUAUUUUUGUGACGAUGGUGUGACACCUCUUUGGGAAAGAUGGUUUCAUUGCGAAGACCUUGGUACGCAGCUGGGACCAAUCAUCAAGUCAUACUUUUCAUCAGAAGAAUACAAAACAGGAGUCCCAACCUCUGAAAAUGUUUCCAAGGACCCUCCUGUCAAAGUCGACCUUGAAACUGAAGUCAGUGAACCCUUUUCACUGAAAGAGUGGAUUGCUGAACAUAAAAGUGAAAUUGAAUGUGGAACAAAGGAGCUGUUUGGUAAAGGAGAGUUCAAGAUAAAUGUUCAUGGUGAAGGGGAACAAACUGGUGAAUGGCAAGGGGAAACAUGGCUUUAUCAAUUGGAGGGAGAUACAACUGUCUCAUUAAACGGUGAAACGAAAAAGAUUUCCAAAGAUGAUGUUCUUCUCAUUCCAUCGGGUGCUAAGUACACUGUGAAAAGAUCCAAAGGCUCAAUUGGUCUGAGUGUUGUUAUGGACCCAAUGGCUAACAAGUAAAAACAUGCUUGGCUGUUGUAUAGAGGAAGAAUUCAAAAGAAUGUCUUAACCCUUUACACUCUGAUAUCAGUAUGCAAGUUCUCUACACUCUUCUCUAUACAUUUCCUAAGGUACUUUAGAUGAGAAUCUGUCUAAUAAUCAAAACCUUCUUUAGUUUGCAAUCAUUUGGCAUGACCAUAUUGUUUGAUUUAGUGGUGAAUAGAGAAAUGAAAUGUUUAUUACUUAUAGGACUUGAUGGGUAGAGAUGCUUCACCAAUUCUCUCUUCUCAAAACUCAUUGUGAUCUUUUGACUCACGAGUGAAUAGACAGAUAAUACGAAUAACGAAGAAAAUCAACCUGGGGAUAUUUUUUUUAAAAAAACAAAAUUCUGUUUACCUCGCAUUGAAGAAAUGUUUGGUAUUAGUGACGAGAAUUUGAUAUCAGAUAUCAAGGGGGAAGAUAGUUAGGAUAAAGUAUUGUGUAGCAAUGUAAGGUAUUGGUGAGGAGAAUUUAAUAUCAGAUCUCAAGGGUCAGGAGUUUAGAUAAAAAUAUUGCGUAGCAAUUUAAGGUAUUAGUAAAGAUAAUUUGAUAUCUAUUGGUCGCCACACAUUACCUAUUGAAUAAGUACGAGAGUUUAGUCUUGUUUAAAGGUAACACCAUCUGGAUGAUGAA